UUCUUUCAGUCUGUGUUUAACACACACACACACACUCACCCGACUGGACAUAAACAAUAAUGAGGGGCCUUUGUGUUGCGCUCAUCCCUGUAUCUUACAGCACUAGCUGACUUGAGUCGUGUUUGUUAUUGAGUGUGUGGCGGCUGAAGCGGCGCGGGAGUUGGCGGAUGCUCUGAUGUCUGAAACCAUUAAGGACAUUAAAUACUGAUGAUAAUGUCCAUCAAAAAGUUCUCAGUGGAUGUUCAAUAAGAGUGGAUAAUCAUCAUUAAUCAGGACUCUCACUGAAGACUACGUAGACAGAACCAUGGCUAGCAAGAGGAAGUCCACCGUUCCGUGCAUGAUUCCAGUAAAAGCCAUGCAUCUGCAGGAUGACUUUGAGCUGGACAGACUGUCCCCUUCAACCAAGGACAUUGACUUUUCGGCUACAGAGGAAGCAAGUGGAAAAAGCAGUCAAAGUUUGGAUGAGUCCUCUGGGCAAGAAGCAGGUGAUACCCAUAAAGAUGGCGGUAUUUACACUUGUAGGCCAUGUAACUUUGAGACCCAGGACCUAAAUCUUUUCCUUGAUCAUGUCUACAGCGGGCACCCAGAUUUCCGCAUUGACCCUUGUUUUCUUUGCGUGGAUUGCGGGAUUAAUGCAGCAAAAUUUGAGGGCUUGGCCCUGCACAAUGCCCGUGUCCAUCCGAGUACAAUAAACACCACACUUCAGCUCAAAAAGAAGGACGAUACAAUCAUAGUAGAGCAGAGUCUUUGUGUGGAACCUUGUGAAAGCACUAGCUCUAAAGAAUAUGAGAUAUCCAUCACCAAGACACCAAUCAUGAAAAUGCUGAAGGGUAAAUCAGAACCCAAAAGGAUUGUAGUUUCCCACCCUGCAACUGAUGACCCUCCCCCUGUUAUUACCAAAGUGCUGGAGAAAAGUGACUCUCCUGCAGUUACUGUCACUCAUGUGCCCACUAUUGUACACAAUGGAGCAGCCAGCAAAGUCGCCCUGCCGUCGGCCAUACAGAUCGUUAAUGGCUCUGGGGCUUUGCCCAUGCUGAAGACAGCUGUUACACAAGUCAUAUCCGUCGUGCAGAACAGAAGUCUCAAUCAACAAUCUGCUCCAAUAACGGUCUCCUCAUCCCACUCCUCUUUGGCAUCCUCAUCAUCACGUACUAAGAAUCUUCCAAAAGUAAUGGUCCCCCUGAGCAGCAUUCCUACCUACAACGCAUCCAUGGACAAUAGCAGUUUCCUAAAGACAUCCUUUAGCAAGUUCCCUUAUCCAACCAAGGCUGAGCUUUGCUACCUUACUGUAGUCACCAAGUAUCCCGAGGAGCAGAUCAAGAUCUGGUUCACAGCACAGAGGCUGAAACAAGGAAUCAGCUGGUCUCCAGAAGAAAUAGAAGAUGCCCGCAGAAAAAUGUUCAAUACAAUCAUACAGGCAGCACCUUCAAACAGCCAACAGCAGAGGCACACCCACCACACCACUACUCAGCCAACUAUCACAGUUCUGGGCACAACCGGCAUCCCUCAUAUCUUACAAGGUAGCCUUGUUGGCCAAGGAGGGGUGAUUGUCACCCAGCCGAUGAUGGCUAAUGGAAUUCAGGUCAGCAGUGCCCCUGUUGCAUUAGCAGUUACACCUAAACCUCAGGCUGCUGCAAAGCCGAUGAUGCAGGCCAGACCUGCCGCAGCCCUGGUAGCUGAUAAAGGAAUCAGUAUGGUUUUAGGCACUGUUGGUAGCAGCAGUAGUGGAAAUUGCAGUAGCAGCAGCAGCAGCAAUGCUAGUACUAGCAGCGGUUCAAGCAGUAUUAGUAGUACAAGCAGCUUAUGUAGCCAGUCUAGUGUAAUCAGUAUUGGUAGCAGCAGCCCUGCUAAGUCAAAUAGCAACAGCAAAGUUCAGGUCAAUAAACCGGGUACUAAUGCCACUUGCAUUCAAAACAACGGUAACAUUGUGAAAAGUGAGGGUACAGGCAAUUCUGAGGCUAAAAGCAACAUCAACAACAAGGACAUUGUUUCAGCUGCGAGUACCAGUCCAGCCACGACCUCUGCAUCUAUCACUACAACAGAUACCGCCGUACCAAGUAAAUCAGACUCUCCUAUCUCUAUGAACUCUCAUAAAUUCUCUACCACCAACUUCCUGGACCCCAGCUUUAACAAAACCAAAAAGUCCCAGGAACAGCUGGCAGCCUUAAAGGAGAGCUUCCUUCUUAGCCAGUUUCCUAAUCAAGAGGAAGUAGAGCGACUAAUAAGCCUAACAGGUCUGUCUGUACGUGAAGUACGGAAAUGGUUCAGCGACCGCCGCUACCACUUCCGGAAUCUGAAGGGUUCAAGGUCAAGUGGCGGAGGUCAGACUGUUACAGCUAGUGAUGGCAUUUCCCAACUGGAUACUCUUGCUGCUGUGGACCUGUCGGAAAACAGUACAACCCCAGAGAGGCCUAAAACCCCCCAGCAGUCACCUCUCAGCCCCUCACAGACAUCAUCCCCACCAACUCCGACACGGCGUCCUCCACGACCCCCGUCGCCAGAUUUCACGGCCAUACGGUACAAAGAGCGAGAGCCCCAUCAGGUUCGUGCUUUGGAGGCCAGCUUUGCACAGGACCCAGAUCCAUCUAGUGAAGAAGUUGACCGGCUAAGAGCAGAAACAAAGAUGACUCGCCGUGAGAUCCACGGUUGGUUUGCGGAGCGACGGAGGAGGGUAGCAGCAGAGAAGAAGAAAGAAGCUGAGAGGGCAGUAAGGGAAGAUAAUCUGGUGGGAGAAGCAGAGGAGCAUCGAAUAAACAAGGAAAAAAACUGCAGUGAGGAGACCUAUGAAGCUGAAGAUUCCUGCAAGGAAACAAAAGAAGACAUAGAGGAGAAACAGAAGGAUGAGACCAGUACUGAGCCGAAAGUUAACCCUAUCAAAAUCAAUCUCAAAAUGCUGAAAGUUACUGAAUCUAAUGGAAAAGGUGACCCCGAGGGCAGUCUACUGAAUGAGGCUACAAAGGUGGCACAAUCUAUCUCUCAGACAGCUGUUCCUCAGACCUCCCCAUACAGAGGAAAGAAGACGCCGGAACAGCUCCAUCUGCUGAAGCAAGUCUUUGCACGCACCCACUGGCCGAGUAGUCCCCAGUACAAUGAGCUGAUAACUAAAACGGGCUUACCGCGACCAGAGGUAGUACGUUGGUUUGGAGAUUGCCGCUAUGUCCUGAAGAAUGGCCAGCUCAAGUGGCUUGAGAGUUACCAGACCAUGGUAGAUGAGGAAGACUUUCAGAAAGAUAACAUUAGUGUCCUAAAGGAGCACCUAGACAAAUAUGGUAAACUAGAUGAGACUAAGUUGGAGGAGAUUGUCAAAUCAAGUGGGUUAGGUGAGGAAACAAUCCGGCGGUGGUUUGUAAAUAAGACACCAAUUUUAUUGGUGGAAAGGAACUCUGAGAGCACAGGAGGUGUGAUGACUGAACCAUCAUCUGCAAGCCCAACUGAAGCUGCUCCAGCAUCACAGCAUCCAGACCAUGAAGAUGUAAAGGUGGAGCAGUCAGGAAGCAGCCUAAUCUCUAAGGAUCAAACCAAGAAGUCAAUAGUUGAGAUAUCAACAGAUACUAAACAGGAGUCUGACUGAAGAGGAGAGUGGAUGUAUGAAUGAAUGUGAAGCGAUAUCAGACCAUGGGAUUACAGCGCACGUGGCAUUUAAU